UAUAUAAAGAUUUUCAUAUAGUAUUCAUUUAAAAUUCAAAGAUAACACGGAUAUUACAGUUUAUAUAGACAAUAAAAUGUUUUUUUUAGGGGAAUUAAUAUUGACAACAAAGUUAAUUAGCAAUAUUGACACCGCACACUCGAUUGUCAUGUCAUGCCUUGAUUUCUAGAUGUGUGUCUGAUUCCACAAGAAAUGUGCAUCACUAGUUAUCAUACUUUAUCAACUGCACUUUUCUGCCGAAUUCUGUGCAUAAAGCAUCCUUGGGUAUCUCCGCAAUAUCUCCUUUGGACAUCACCAAAAACACAAAAACACUUGUGCCAACCACAUUAUUUCCAAUCAUAUACUAAUAUAAUACUCCACCACACCACAAUUCCACUACAGCCCGUCUCGAGCUCAUCAAUGGCUCCCAAAACCGAUCAUCUCCACUUCCUCCUCAUCCCGCUGAUGUCGCAGAGCCACAUCAUCCCCUUGACCGACUUCGGGAAGCUGCUCGCGCAGCGCGGGGUCGUCGUCUCCAUCAUCACCACGCCGCGCAACUUCAUCAGAUACAGAGCGGCGAUCGGCCACGCCGCCUGCACCGGCCUCCAAAUCCAAAUGAUCCCCUUGGAAUUCCCCGGCGAGGAGGCCGGUCUCCCCCAAGGCUGCGAGAACAUGGACUCCCUAACCUCCAUGGACCUCGCCACCGAAUUCUUCACGGCGUGCGAGUUGCUCGAGGCUCCGCUGUUGAAGCUGAUGGCCGAGCUGCGUCCGAGGCCGAGCUGCGUCAUCUCCACCAACGCCCUGCCCUGGACGCAGCGAGUCGCCGACGGAUUCAACAUUCCGAGGUACAUCUUCGAAACCAUAUCGUGUUUCACUCUCCUCUGCUCCCACGUCCUGUCCCUGGAUCGGACUCAGGAGAUGAUCGCCGCGGCCGCCUCCGACCCGCGGCCGUUUCUGGUGCCGGAGAUACCCCACAGGAUCGAGUUCACCAAGGCACAACUGCCGCAGGCGAAGACCAAAUCCCCCGACGGCGGCAUUGAGACGAUCAUAGAGCAAAUCAAACGAGCUCGAAGCUCCGCGAGAGGUACCGUGGUGAAUAGCUUCGAGGAGAUCGAGUCCGGAUACGUUGAGGGUUACGCGAAGGUAGCACGAACGCUCUGGUGCAUCGGCCCGGUUUCCGCGUGCAACAAGAAACCUGCCGAGAUGCUCGAUCGAGGCAACAAGGCCUCCAUCGAUGAGCGCCACUGCAUGUCGUGGCUCGAUUCGAAGGAGGCCGGGACGGUGAUCUACGCGUGCUUCGGCAGCCUGUGCCGAAUCUCGGCGGCACAGAUCAAGGAGAUCGGGUUAGGGCUGGAGGCGUCGGGUUCCCCCUUCGUUUGGAUCAUAAGAGAUGCUUCUCUGACCGCGCAGGUCUUGGAGUGGUUGAAUGAUCUCGAGGAGGGAGUUGGAGAGAGGGGACUAAUCAUCCGCGGGUGGGCCCCGCAGGUGCUGAUACUGUCGCACCCGUCGGUGGGAGGGUUUCUGACGCACUGUGGGUGGAACUCGACUCUGGAGGGGGUGAGCGCGGGCGUGCCCAUGAUCACGUGGCCCAUGUUCGCGGAGCAGUUCUACAACGAGAAGUUCGUCGUGCAGGUGCUGAGGAUCGGGGUGAGGGUCGGAGUGGAGGUAGGGUCGGGUAAGCUGGAGGAUGACAAGAGGGCGUUUGUGAAGUGGGAGCGGGUGAAGGAGGCCGUUGAAAAGUUGAUGGGCGGAGACGAGGAAGGAAGAGAGAGGCGGAGGAGAGCGAGAGAGAUGGCGGGAAGGGCGAGAGAGGCGUUGGAAGAAGGAGGGUCUUCUUAUAAGAAUAUCACGUUGUUGAUUCAAGAUGUGGAGCGGCAAGUGACGGAAUUGCGAGAUGGGAUCAUUAAUUAUUUGAUGGAGGAGACUGUACCUGAUUGUUGAUUAAAUUAAUUUUGACCCUGUUUUAUUUUGUUUCAAAUGCUACUCACUCUUAUCAGUGGUCGAUCGUCAUACCAAAUCCACAGAAAUUUCAAAUAUUAAGCAGCCACUCGAUUUACGGUACA